AAACAAAGGAUUGAGGUGGAAAACGGAGGAGGAAAACCCGAACCGUGGAACCGUGGAAAACGGAGGGAACGAGAGUGUUUCGAGUUUUAUUUUCGUUUUCGUUUUGCCCGCCGCCGCCGUCGUCGUCCAGGCAAAAAAAGUCCACACAACGAGCAAAACACGUAGCGCGUCCCGUGCACGACGCCAUCCAGGACCGUCCGCUUGUUUGGCUUCGGGAGCCCCAGUACGUGCAUCAAAGCACUACCCCCGCGCCUCGCCUACCCAGUAAAAGCAUAAAUCAUCUCGGUCGUCACGAUCCGACCUCGAUAAACGGAUUCGCUGUGAGCUGGAAAGGGUAGUGGACGGAGAAAGCACGGCCUACCGUGAGCGCAUUCUGGGCGUAGCGGGGUGCAAAGUCGGAAAACGCCAACACUCGCCUCGCGUACCGUGCAAACUUUCUCCUGCUACUUGAGGCGGAUUAGGCCACCCCUUUCCACCCUCCCUACCUUCACCUUGCACGCAGAAUCUUGGUAGCUGAGCGAAGAUGGACCGAAACAUGGGUCGGCAAGGAUCGAUGGCAAUGUCACCGGGUAUGAUGCGGAGGCCGGCCGGAAUGCAAACUGGAUCGAGCAGAGGAGAGAUGCAUCUUUCGGCGACACAUAACCACUCGGCGGUAUCAUCGUCGCCAUCCUACCAAUCACAGCAACAGCAGCAACAACAGCAGCAACAGCAGCAGCAGACCAGCCAUGGUGCAGCAGGGGCGGGAAGUGCGUUGAACAACGGAGCACCGUCUUCGUCCUCGUCCCCCGCUGCCAUGGGAUCAGCUUCGGCAGCGUUGCAACCGAAUCAUCAUCAGUUGUCUCAGUCGCAACAUUCGCAGCAUGACGAGCUGAUUCGAUACAUCAACGAAGCAUGGACUAGUAUAACAACCGACAAAAGCCAGACACCGCCAGUAUUCUACAAGAGUGGAGCUGAGACGCGGUUGCCUGGAUUCACUCCGUUCGAUCUAGAAGGAUGGUGGGGUCAACGGUUGGUGCACCAGAUCAACCUCGGUUCACACGGACAUCAGUGAGGAUAAGCCGGCCCCCACACUCAACUGCUAGGCCUGUGCUCGACUAUUCAUGGAACAACCAUCGCAUCUUCUCUUCCGUUUUCGUUCAUACGGAGCAUUCUUCUUUCAAUACUUGGUUUACAGAACGGCACCGUGAAACAUCGGGCUUUAUGGCGUUCAACCAAUCGAACUCAGAUCAAGUAACAAACAUUGACCAUAGCAGUUGGAGAUGAUGGUGAUAUGUUGAAGGUUUUUUUUAAACGUAUUAUGUACUAUUCCAGAAAUCAGAUUUGUUCUUUUACCCUUCUCCACCACGCAAAUUCAUCCUAUUACGAUUUUAACUUUCAAGCAAGGACGAUGGGAAUUCGAAUUAGAUCAUGGGUCUUUGCGCCCUCACUCCCACCCCUUUUUAACUGUUCGUUUUAAAUACGACUAGAGAGAGAUGGAGAGAGAGAGAGAGGGAGAGUACAUGGAUAGGCACAGUGAGCAAAGCGAAUUGAGUUUAAACAUAAGAAAAUUGUGGGUCAAGAUGAAGACGACAGGAUGCUGGAAGUAGAACGAAUGAAGAGGCGCAGUGCAUGGGGAGAGGGAGAAGUAUAGCCGAAGGAAAGCGCCAAUCCACGAGGGAAGGAUUGCACAAUAGGAAAAUGCUACUAUUAUUUGUUGGUUUCCAUUUCCGCUCUUCAUCGUCCAUCGUGAGGAUACUAUUAUCUAUUGACUUGAGAAAAUGAAAAAAGGAAAACCCCAAGACCAGCAGAUAAGCUAUCGUUCCGUUCUUUACCGUCUCCAUAGAAGAAAUUGUAUGUAAAACGACCGUUUUCAGUUCAUCUAUCUGUCGCCGGUUAACCUGAAUGCCAAGGUGCACUCUAUCACAGCCGACGGCAGAAUCCUUUAAAUCUAUUUGCAUGGGAAGGGACUGGCAUCGAAUAAAAAGUUGAUAUGAACGGUGA